UACCUUGAAGAGUUGGAUAUCAAUAGUAAUGGAUUAUGGGGUCCUCUUCCUUCAUGCUUGUGCAAUAUGACCUCACUCCGUGUGCUUGAUGCGGCAAAUAACAAUUUCAGUGGGGCCAUUCCUUCAUCUCUCCUCUAUAAUCUCAAGUCACUUGAAUAUAUUGUGUUCUCUGAAAAUGCCUUUGAAGGCUCACUUUCGCUUGCUUCCCUAGCCAAUAAUUCCAACCUUGAGGUAUUCCACCUCCUCAACAAUCGUAACCAUCUGGAAGUAAAUACAGAAGAGCCCACUUGGUUUCCUUCAUUUCAACUGAAGGUGUUUACUUUAUCAAAUUGUGUGCUCAACAAAGACGCAAAUGCCAUAAUUCCUAGCUUUUUGAAAGAACAACAUGAUUUGAUACUUGUUCAACUCAGCCAUAAUGGAAUGAACGGAAAUUUCCCAAAUUGGCUAUUGGAGAAUAAUGUAUAUCUAGAACGAUUCGAACUCACGGGCAACAACUUGUCAGGUACUUUUCAUUUGCCUUCCAAUGUGAAUCUUGACAACAUGCUACAAUUAGAUGUGUCUACUAAUAUUAUUGAAGGAGAGCUCCCAUCUUGGAUUGGUUCCAUCCUCCCAAAUUUAAUUUAUUUGAAUUUGUCAAAGAACUUAUUGAAAGGUAGAAUCCCUUACUCCAUGGGCAAUAUGAAUCACUUGCAUACAUUGGACUUGUUGAAUAAUGGCUUCACAGGAGAGAUACCAGAGCCAUUGGCUAAAAAUUGUACAUCACUUGUUCUAUUGAAACUGUCAAGCAACAAUUUGCAAGGCAAUAUGCUACCGAGGGGUUCUAACUUGACAAGCUUGAGAUAUUUGUAUUUGGAUAACAAUCGUUUCAGAAGGGGACAUAUCAUCUAUUCACUUUGGAACUUGAAGGUUCUUCUACUGCAAGGAAAUAGAUUUGAAGGUUCAAUCCCUCUGGAUCUGUGUCUGUUGAAAAAUAUGAGCAUAUUGGAUCUCUCUAAUAAUAAUCUUUCUGGACAAAUUCCUUCUUGUUUGAAAGAUUUGGCAUUUGGAAACAACACGGACGCAUUUGAUGCCUUUUCUGACUCACAGCAGACUGUGACUGUGCUUCCAUAUGUAUAUAUUAGCAAAUUCUCUAUAUUUUUUUCCUAUUAUGAAGACAAAGGGUCUAUGUAUGCACCUAGAUUAGAAAAUUUAUGGUCUAUGUAUACAUAUGGAUUAGAAAAAGUACACUUCAUGACAAAGAGUAGGUUGGAAUUAUAUGAGGGCCACAUUCUACAACUCAUGUCGGGAAUAGAUCUCUCACAGAACAAUUUGACGGGCUUUAUUCCUCCAGAGGUCGGCCACUUGGGUGAACUUCGAGCAUUGAACUUGUCACACAAUCAUUUGACGGGAUCAAUCCCGAAAACGUUUUCCGAUUUGAAGAGUGUAGAGAGCUUGGACUUGUCCUACAAUAGCUUAAUCGGUCCUAUCCCUCCACAACUAACGGAGCUUUACACCCUGUCAGAUUUUAGAGUGGCUUACAACAACUUGUCAGGUAGGACACCAGACCGAAAAAAUCAAUUUGGAACUUUUGGUGAGACAAGUUAUGAAGGUAACCCCCUUCUUUGUGGAACACCAUUAAGAAGUUGUGAUAACUCAAAUCGAGAAAGGGAGACACUACCAUCUUUUAAUCAUACCAUGAAGGAUGAUCCCUGGAGAGAAGCUUUCUUGAGGAGUUUUGCAGGAUCAUAUGUUGUGGCAUUCCUUGGGAUGGUUCUUUUUCUUUACUUAAACUCGUACUAUCAAUAUGUGCUGUUCGAGCUUGUUUGUAAGCUCAUCCCAUCAUUUCCCCAUUAG